AUGUCUAAGAUGGGAUGUCCGCAGUCCGACACCGAUCCAGAUUCGGUUACUAUCCUGACCAAGAGGGGUCCAGUGAAUAAAACGUUGAAAUCAAAUUCGGCUUUGAAUGCAGCUAUUCGAAGUGGCAGCGCUGUCGACACUCAGAAAAAGAUGAUGGCUGGGGGGAACAGGCAGCAUACCGCUAAUAAAAACACUUUAAGACUUGACGAAGAAACUGAAGAGCUACAUCACGAACGUGUGAGCCUGUCGCUUGGAAAGGCGAUGCAGCAAGCUCGCCAAGCUAAGGAGUGGACUCAGAAAGACCUUUCGACUGCUAUCAAUGAGAAACCACAAGUUGUUGCUGAGUACGAGAACGGAAAAGCUGUCCCUAACCAGCAGAUCCUCCAGAAAAUGGAACGCGCUCUGGGGGUGAAACUGCGCGGCAAGGACAUUGGUCAGCCUCUGGGAAGCGGGAAGCCUCACAAGAAAUGA